CUAUUUAAGGGCAUGGGAGCAGCCCAGCCCUUGCCCACAUCUGUCUAUUAGAUCUCAGCAGCUGGAGAGAGAGUUAAAAGAGCAGCACCACAACCAUCAUGUCUCGUGGAAUAGUUUGUACCAACAUGGGUGUCAAGGCUGGAAAGCGCAUUGGUGUGAAGGGUGAAAUCGCUGCAGGUGCCAAGAGCUUUGUGCUGAACCUAGGGAAAGACCAAGCCAACGUAGUGCUGCACUUCAAUCCACGUUUUGAUGCUCAUGGGGAUGUGAGGACCAUCGUGUGCAACUCCAUGGACAAAGGGGAGUGGGGUGCUGAGCAGAGAGAAUCAGCCUUCCCCUUCCAGGAGUGCACCAAUGUGGAGAUCUUCAUCACUCAUGACCCAAGUAAUCUAACAAUUGCUUUGCCAAACAACCAUCAGUUCAAGUUCCCUAACCGAUUGGGUCUCCAGGUCAUCGACUUCUUGAAUGCAGACGGUGACUUCACAAUCAAAUCCAUCCAGUUGGAAUAACUCCCCACUCCUCACACUCCAAAGGGAUAUUUAAAAGGAAACACAAUAAACACCAUUGAAUUUGGUCUACUAAACCAA